AUGGCCCAGACUACAGUUGCCUCCGAGUAUUCCUCUGAGGUCCAUGCCGAGCCCAUAGAACAUCGUUUCAAUCCAUACUCAGACAACGGAGGAACAAUUCUUGGAAUCGCAGGCGAAGACUUUGCCGUGUUGGCAGGAGACACCAGGCAGUCUGAGGGUUACUCCAUUCAGUCGAGAUCGAUGUCGAAGGUAUUUGAUGUGGGUGACAACAUACUGAUGAGCGCCAACGGAUUCGCAGCAGACGGAGAUGCGUUGGUCAAGGCUUUCCAGAACCAGCUGAAAUGGUACCACUUCAACCAUAACAAAGAACUUUCGAUUCAUAGUGCCGCGAGAUUGACACAGCAGCUAUUGUAUGGUAAGAGGUUCUUUCCCUACUACGUGCAUACCAUUCUUGCCGGUGUGGAUGAAGAGGGAAAGGGUGCCGUUUAUUCGUUUGACCCUGUUGGCUCCUAUGAGAGAGAGCAGUGUAGAGCAGGUGGUGCCGCUGCCAGUCUGAUUAUGCCUUUCUUGGACAACCAGGUGAACUUCAAGAACCAGAUGGAUCCAUCAUCCAACGGUACCAAGAAGAAGGAGUUGAGGUAUCUGAGUCUGCAGGAGGUUGUGAAUCUGGUCAAAGAUGCGUUUUCUUCGGCCACAGAGAGACACAUAAAUGUGGGUGAUGCUUUGCAGAUAGUUAUUGUCACCAAAGACGGAGCCCGAACCGAGUAUCACUCUUUGAAGAAGGAUUAA